UACUGCGAUGAGCGCGCGCAGCAUCAGCAACACACACACACACACACAAAGAGGUCGGAGAGCUGGCGCGUGAAUGGGAGAUGACGGAGCGCUGCAGGACACGCUCGAAACAGGACUGAUCCACGCUCAUCAUACACACAGGGAGUGUCAAGGUGCAGCAACAGGUGACUCUAAAGCCACCCGCGGAAGACCGAACCCAUGUUCCCUAAAGUUUUCCUGCAGUGGUAUGCGGCAUUUUCUUCUUGUGCUGCUAAAUUAGACCGGCGGCGGCCAGGUAAAUUCCAGCCGUUCCGCCGCCUGUUUGGGAGGAAGAGGAGGAGGGAGACAGAGCGGGGGUUCGAGGAACCUGAACUGAAACCCAGCCACUCCACCAGUGACGUGUGCAAUGGGGUGGUCUCAGGCCUGGACGAAUCCAAACAGCAUCUGAGAGAGUUAAAUCCCCUGGGGUCUCGAGCUUUUUCACACGAGAGCAUCUUCAUCCCUGAGGAUUCUGUAGAGCAGCCCUGCCCAGAAUUGACCAUGUCUCAAGAGAACGUCUCAGACAAAGUCAGGAACCUACAAAGGCAGAUAGCUCAUAAUAUAAAGUUUGGUCAGAGACCUCCCUCACUGAGGAAAAGUGAAGGAGAUGAAGGUAGUUCAGAUGAGGAGGAGGCACCAAGAAGUCCGUUGCGAGUCCUGGCACAGGUGGAGCCAGAACCACAGGACGCCGAAGCCAAGGAAAAUGUUUCAUCUGCUGCCCGUGAUGUGGCUCACUACAGGACCCCUGUGAAAUCCCCUCGUUCAAAGCGGCCUCCUCCCCCUGGUACGAUCGAAUCAAUUAACCUAGACGCUGUUCCCCAGUCCGCGCCGCGCUUGGACAACACUGCUGCCAAACAUAAACUGUCCGUCAAACCCAAAAACCAACGAGUGUCACGCAAGCACCGCAGGUUCACACAGGAGUAUCUGGAGGUGGCUAUUUCAGCAGUUCUGCAGGAAGAGACAGAUGUGCAGAAACGUGCAGAUGAAACAGAUGUUUGGAGAGAAGGGCAUGUAAGAAGCCACUGGACCAGAGAUGAUCAAGAGCUUCCUGAAAAAUCUAAGAAGCAGAGACUCCAUGAAGAGGAGCAGGAGCGUCUCGAGUUCCAGAGAAUCCAGGAGCAAGAGAAACAGAGAAGGAGAGAAGAAGACAGAAGAGCUGAGGAACUGCGUCUGGAACAGGAGACAAUCCGCAGAAAACAGGAAGAAUGUCAGCGAAGGGAGGAAGAGAAGCGAAGGCAGUGGGAAGAAGACAGAAGGAAGGAAGAGGAUGAAAGGAGAAAGAGGGAGGAGGAGGCGCAACGCUUGAGGGAGAUGGAAGAGAGGAAGAGACGUGAGGAAGAAGAAAGAAAAAAGAGAGAAGAAGAGAGACAGAGAGCAGAGGAAGAAAGAAGACAGCAGGAAAUCAUAGCAGAGCACUUUCGCCUGGAGGAGGAGAGGAGAAUGAAAGAAUUGGAGGAGCAAAAAAGAAAAGAGGAGGAGGAAGAGGCAGAAAAACUAAGGCUUUGGGAGUUAGAGGAAAAAAAGCAAAGAGAAGAAGAAGCACGCCUUUAUGAGGAACAAAGCAGGCGACAAGAAGAAGAGGAGGCUGAGAUUAAAAGACUGGCUGAUGAAAAGAAAAGAAAGGAAGAGGAUAAAAGAAAGAGGCAGCAAGAAGAGAUAAGAGCUGCUGAGGAGCAAUCAGCAUCCUCUGAUCCAGAGUGGAAGAGAAAAGCAGAGGAGCUGCGAUGGAGGGAGAUGGAAGAAAGGCAAAGACCUUUCACUUUCAAAGUGUCCUCUGGUGAAAAGCAAAUCCUGUUCCAGAAGGUCAAUCUAACACCAGUUACCCCAGUAGCACCUCAGCAGGGGGAAGCUGCUGCUGAAAUCAGGGAAGGCACUGCAGGAGUUCCUGAUUCACCAACUUUAUCUUCAUCCCUGUAUGUUCCUCACACUGCUAUAUUAGUGACUGGAGCUCAGCUGUGUGGUACAGCAGUGAAUCUGGAUCAGAUAAAAGAUACAGCCUGUAAGUCUCUGCUUGGUCUCUCUGAGGACAAAAAAGCUUUCGGGACACCAGCAGGGAAGAACAAGACAUCACCAGACCGCAAAUCUGGAAAAACCAAAUCCUUAAACGAAUCCUCUUUAUCUGCAGAGCAGUCUAGUGCUGCUGUCUUGGCAGAGUGGGCCAGUAUACGAUCCAAAAUUUUUAAGGGUGGACUAGAUGGAAAAUACCAGGAAUACCCAGACAGACAGGUGCAGAGCCGAACAACAAGCGAAGAUAUCAGCGAGACACCGUUUUCUCACGCUAAUCUCAGGAAGACCGUGUCAGCAAGCGCUAAGUUUUCCAUCACUCCAGCCAGAAAGAAGUUCGCUGACUCAAAUAGAAAUUCAGAGGUCUUUAGUCAAGAAGAGACAGAAGGAGGUCAGGAGGAAGUACCAGCUACAGAUUUGGCUCCUAAUCAGCAUCUUCAUUCACCUUCUUCUCCCAGUAAAGGUCAGAAUAAGGGAGGAAAGAUUGUCCGUAUCUCAGACAGUACAGAAGAAUGCAAGUUUGCUAAAGACCUCCCUUCCUUCCUGGUUCCAUGUCUCACACAUGGAACCCUGAAAUCUCCGUCGUCUGAAACAGGACCCUUGAGCCAGGCGGUUUCAGAGGACUCGGACACAAAGGAUUAUGGGGAUCACAGAGACCAGAGUGGUGAUGAGCGGCCCUCUCCGUUUGGUAUCAAGCUGAGGAGGACCAACUACUCGCUUCGUUUUCAUAGUGAGCAAUCCACAGAGAAGAGGAAGAAAAGAUAUAGUGCAGGUGAUAGUUUUGAAGGAGUACCAGUGCCCCUUACCUCUAUUGACCAGUACUCUGAAUCUUCUGUAUUCUCUGAGAAGACCAGUAUCACCUCUCCACUUGGAGAGAGUGGAAUGAAAUUUCAAGGAACCUCUGGUGUAGAGUCACGCUUCAGGCCUGGUAGAAGUGCUCCCUCUUCGGCAUGUAGUGAACGCGACAAACUCAUCUCUAAGCCCCCAAUUUAUCAGAAACCAGCUACAUUUCCCAAACCAUCCGAUGGUGCCACACCGCCACCUUCUCCCCUACCUAAACCUAGUAGAAGGACUUCUGGGGACAUGCUUUCCCCGAGAUCAGGUGGGCCAGAAGUGGCAGCUUCUGAAGAGCGCAUUGAUCAAAAGUUAGAGCCCUCGGAAUCCGUGCAGUGUCCGAGAAAUGGCCAGGGUGAUGAUGAGCCAAAAGAAAAGAAGUCCUUCUUUCCAUCCAUCAGCAUUCCAUGGAGGGAGAAAGCAGACCGGAGGACUGAACUAAUAAGAAGAGAAAAGCCCUCUCUGCAGAGCAGGCAUUCCUUAGACAGCUCACGGACACAGGAGAAGGAGACGGGACCAUUAUGGAUCACUCUGGCUUUGCAGAAACAGAAGGGUUUUAGAGAACAGCAGCAAAGCAGAGAGGAAAGGAAGAACCAGAGAGAAGCCAAGCUGGCUGAGAAACAAGCCAGGGACCGAGAAAGCGCUGGAGUAGUGAGCCCUACAGAGGGGAAAGGGAAUGGAAAUUCCGGUAUUCCUAAGGCACAAACCCCGGAGGAGAACAAGAGACCAGACACGUUACUGACUCGCUUCGAGCGUCGUGACAACUUAAAGAAGGCCAACACCUUACCCACUUCUGUUACAGUCGAGAUAGCAGACUCUACCCCAUCACCUCCAGCAGCAAAGGACAUAACAAAGCGCUUCCCACCCAGUGACACACCACAGGUUUCCACUGAACCAGCUUGGCUUGCUCUCGCCAAGCGUAAGGCCAAAGCAUGGAGUGACUGCCCGCAGAUCAUCAAGUGAUAGCUUUGACACAAGCUUCUAAUCAGCUCACUCAUUCACAUGGUAUCAUUUCACCAUACUCAUAACAAGUCACAAAACACCACUUGACCUGGAAAACUGCGUUCACUUUGUUUUUUUGGUGCCAUUUUCAUCCCACAGAAUGGGUAGCAAGCGACAUGUAUAACUAAAACAUUAACAUUCUCAUAAUAUUAUAAAAUGAUCCAUAGCUAUAAUUACGUGCUCAAACAUACCGCUGUUUAAACAAACAAUUCUGGAUUUAAGAGACAGAUAUGAAGAGCAAAGCACUCACUUAUUUAUUUAUUUCUUUAAUUUGCAUUAAAUUAAAAAAAACAAAAAAAACCCCAAAUCUUUCAAGUGUAUAUCUUCUAGUCACAACCCAGCGGGAAUCUAAGCCUAACAGACCUAUUCCUAGCAAAUCGUUUGUCGGAAUAUAUAAGGCAUGCGUAGUAUACAAAGAAAUAUUACUAAAAACAAAUGUCUUCUUUAACAGUUUGAGAUCAACUCUUUGGGGAGUCUUUUAAGAACUCACUCAAGGGCUAAAGCUGCACAGUAGAUAUCACCAUAACAUCCAUCUUACUUCACCCCCUGAUGUAUUACAAGCAUGAACUUCAGAACUGGAUACUGUUUUUGUAUAUUUUUUUUUAAAUUAAAUCUAGAUACCGGACCUGCCAUCUUCCAAAAACGUAUUUGUUGAGUUGUCUUAACACCUCUUGUCUAAUAUGGACAAGGUAAAUUCUCCUGUUUUAUUUUUUUGUUGUGAAUAAUAACUUAUUUGAUAUCCUGGCCAAGAUUUUCACUGUGUGACAGAUGACCGCUGUCAUUUGAGCCCGUCACUGAAAAUGAGCGUUAAUGAUGACGGUCACUGUGUUUACUUAUGUAAAUAACUUACAUAGUAAAUGUUCUUAACAACGCUUCCGUUGAACCACCAUGUUAAUUCACUUGACUGGAAACCAUUAACCAAAUGUUAACGAACUAUCUGCUUCUUGCACAGUGUUUGAUUGCCCUCCAGUUUCUUUGGAAAUAGUUCUCUGCAACACAGACUGCUUGCUUGCUGUAAUAGAAACACUGUUAUCCUGUAGCUUGUCUAGUAUCUGACAUUAAAAAGCAAGUCAGUGGGAGAUCAGUGCUUUAAAAGGAAAAGAAAAAAAGAGAGAAAAAAUCCUGCUGGGGGAAGACUAACCAAUGACUUCGCGAAGGAAAUGACAUUAUUCUCAGAAAUGACAGCAGCUUCGAACGAAUAGAGCUUUGAUCUCCCAGCAAAAACACACACCAACCCCCUGUACUUAACGUAAUAUUUUGUAUGUAUGUAUGUAAUGUAUGUAGGUAUCUAUGUACAGAGGUGGACUGAACUGCACUGUGUUCCUUUGAAGACCCUCCGAGUUUCCGUCGCUUUGUUUUUAAUUCGGCCGUGUGCAAUCAUGUAGCGUCGAAAAACAGUGUUGUAUGUAACAUUUAAAAAU